GGUUCCGAGGUUUCCUGUUUACCCCCGAUCAAAGAUGCCACGACUGUGACCUCCUUCGGGUCAGCACCCAUUAAGGGGGGCUUAGGACUGGUUACAUGUCCCCUCCGCAAAUCCAAGUCCCCCAGAACUUUCAGAAGAGGGGUCAAGUUGGGACAUGCCUCGGCAUAGGAGUUGCUGUGGUGGGUGGCAGCAGGGGCCGGUGCCCUUGCUCUUUCCUGCGGCUAUGCCUGUGUUUGAGUUCCCACACCCCCAGCUCAAUUGGGCGAGGAAGAACAGGUAGGAGGCUUUUCCAGGAACUCGGUCUGAAGGGUGGGCACGUUGAAGAGGGAGGUGGGUCUGGAGCGCAAUCUAGGCAGUGAGGUUCAGAGUGCCCUGGAAAGGACAUCAUUAGCUUAUAAAACUGAACUGUUGACAUGUCUGUGUGAGGAAGGUGGUCUUAACUCUAGACUACCUAAGAAGUUCCUCUAGUGCUGGGUUAAAUCAUAAUGAUUCCUAAAGCUAAUUUGAGAGGUGUAGGGAGGAGUCUACAGAGGGAAAAACAAGUAUUAGAGAUGCCCCGAAACAUAUCUAGUCACAAGUAGACUCCACAAGUCCUGAACCCUUGCCUCUUACACUUUGACACCCCCCCACCCAAAACAAACAAACAAAACCCCACAAAUCCACACACAUUUAAGCGACAUUACUUGAGGGACAAAUUCACCCACCAGUUAGCAUAGGCUUCUGUGUACCUUUCCCGCAUGUUUCUGACCCUCUACCUCCCAUCUCUCCCUACUCAGUAAGGUUUGUUGGUCCACAUCCCCUUCCCUAUCAGAUUGCUCAGCACAAAAGAGGUUAGUAAGUUGGCCUGUUGUAGUAGAAAGAUUUCUAAAGAUCCCGAUCCCUGACCCAGCAUUCCUAUAGAACCCAAAUAAGGGCACUAGCUAACCCUGAAUUCUGGGUGGGGCAGAAAGUAGGUCAGUGCUACUGUCUGGUGAAUUCAUGUGGAUGGUGUUUAAGGCCUGACUAGGAAAACUUGUGACUGUUACCCACAGGCAACACAUGUUUGACCUAGGUUCUGUGCCAUUUCACAGGAUCUCGGGGCCCUGUCACCGUUUGCUCCUAUUGAGAAAAGCCCCUGGAUCCUGGCGCCUGGGCACAGUUCCUCAGCACCUGUUGCCUUCACUAGCUGCUUCUCCACCUCCUCCUCCCUGCACUCCCGAGAACCAAAGAAUGUGAAGGGGGUCCAUGGAGGGCUCACAUCCCCGUGUCCCUGGCGGCCACUUAGCGCCAUCGUCGCCUCCGGCUUUCGAUGGCGAACUGGAUCUGCAGCGCUAUUCCAACGGGCCUGGUGUGAGCGUGGCGUCGCCAGGGAUGGGCGCGGUGGCCUGGUCUGAGAGUCGUGCAGGAGAAAGGCGUUUCCCUUGCCCUGUGUGCGGAAAGCGCUUCCGCUUUAACUCCAUCCUGGCGUUGCACCUGAGAGCUCACCCUGGCGCCCAGGCCUUCCAGUGCCCGCACUGCGGCCAUCGCGCCACGCAGCGGGCUCUGAUGCGCUCCCAUCUCCGCACGCACCAGCCGGAGCGCCCACGGAGCCCCGCCGCACGCCUGUUGCUAGAAUUGGAGGAGCGCGCGCUGCUGCGCGAGGCCCGGCUGGGGAGAGCCAGGGGAUCCGGGGGUUUGCAGGCCACCGCCGCCUCUGAGGGCCUGGCGCGGCCCCAGUCUACUGCUUCCUCUGCCUUCCGUUGUCCCUUCUGCAAAGGCAAGUUUCGCACCGCGGCAGAGCGCGAACGCCACCUGCACAUCCUGCACAGACCCUGGAAGUGCAGCCUGUGCAGUUUUGGCUCCAGCCAGGAGGAGGAGCUACUGCACCACAGCCUGACCGCCCAUGGGGCUGCCGCGCGCCCUCUGGCGACCGCCCCCGCUGCGCCCCAGCCCCAGCCCCAGCCGCCGCCGCCUGAGCCAGAACCCAAGUCGGUCCCUGAGCCUGAGCCGGAGCCGGAGCCGGAGCCAGAGCCCACCCCGGCCCCCGCCCCCGAGGAGCCCCCAGCGCCUCCGGAGUUCCGCUGCCAAGUGUGCGGCCAGAGCUUUACCCAGUCCUGGUUUCUCAAGGGCCACAUGCGCAAGCACAAGGCUUCCUUCGACCACGCGUGUCCCGUGUGUGGCCGCUGCUUCAAGGAGCCCUGGUUCCUCAAGAACCACAUGAAGGUGCAUGCCAGCAAGUUGGGUCCAGUGCGGGCCCCGGGGCCUGGCGCCGCCCCUGCCCGGGCCCCCCAGCCUCCAGACCUGGGUCUGCUGACCUAUGAGUCCCUGGGCCCGGCACUCCUGCUGGCCCCGGCGCCCACCCCGGCUGAGCGCCGGGAGCCCCCCAGCCUCCUGGGCUAUCUGAGCCUUCGAGCUGGCGAGGCCCGGCCCAACGGAGAGGGCGCCGAGUCUGGGCCUGGCCGCAGUUUCGGAGGCUUCCGCCCUCUGCCUUCCGCCCUCCCCAGCCGGGCUCGCCGGCACCGCGCGGAGGAGCAGGACGACGAGGAGGAGGUGGUGGAGGCGGAGGAGGAGCCCUGGGCCCGGAGCAGGGCGCUGGGCCCCCUGGCUUCCCUGCACCCGCGCCCUGGCGAGGGGCCGGGACAGUCUGCAUCUGCAGCAGGGGCGCAGGCCAGAUCGACGGCCACCCAGGAAGAGAACGGGCUCUUGGCUGGAGGGACGCGGCCGGAAGGGGGCCGGGGCGCCACCGGCAAGGAUUGUCCUUUCUGCGGAAAAUCCUUCCGCUCAGCGCACCACCUCAAAGUGCAUCUGCGAGUGCACACAGGCGAGCGACCCUACAAGUGUCCACACUGCGACUACGCGGGCACCCAAUCCGGCUCGCUCAAGUAUCACCUGCAACGCCACCACCGCGAACAGAGGAGCGGCGCCGGGCCCGGGCCACCCCCUGAGCCGCCACCCUCUGCCCAGCGCAGUUCAGCCCUGCCUUCAGGAGCCAAAGUGGCGCCCCAGCCUGCGGCCUGGGCGGAGGGUGCUGCCAGCCCGCGGCCUCUGACCAGCGGGCCGGGGUCUCGUCGGAAGCCGGCUAGCCCGGGGAGGACCCUUCGCAAUGGGCGAGGCGGUGAGGCCGAGCCCCUGGACCUGUCCCUGCGGGCGGGCCCGGGGGGCGAAGCCGGGCCCGGGGGCGCCCUGCAUCGCUGCCUCUUCUGCCCCUUUGCCACUGGAGCCCCCGAGCUCAUGGCCUUGCACCUGCAAGUGCAUCACAGCCGGCGUGCGCGGGGCCGCAGGCUGCCCCAGGCUGAAGCCUCCCCGCCCUACACCCGAGCACCCUCAGGGGAGACCCCUCCCAGCCCUCCUGAGGAAGGCGAGGAGAGCCCAGGGCUGUCGAGAUCAGGAGAGGCGAACCUGGGGAGUCAAGAACGGUAGGGAGCCCUCUUAGGGGGGCCGGUAGCGUAGUGAGCUUACCCGCCGGAGCGGGGGAGCACUAGAGGUAGUUGAUAGAGCAGCCAGCAGGGGGUGGCGUGGGACCCAUAUCCUAGCCCCAGGCGGACUAGUGGUGGAGGGGCAGCGGGUGUAGGAGGGUGGGCGGGAGGUACCCACCCAGCCCAGGGGAGAGUCACAGUGCCUUAGAAGUGGCAGGGGUGAGGGUCAAAGAUUGGGGUCCUAGGGUUGGCAGAGUUGUGUCCCCGUGGAGGAGCGCUCUGCCAGUCUUUGCUGGUCCAAUGGCGUGAGAGUUUAUUUUUGUACCAGGGGUGGGGGAGGGGGGCCCUGUACCCUUCUAGCCCUGUAAGGGGCCCUGUAGACGUCGCUAUUUUUGGUACGAUCCCUGUCAUUCCUGUCGCAGAGUCGUGUCCCCAAUAAACAGGUGUCUUGAGGCACAGG